CGCCAUACAAAGCACGCAGACUCCUUCUUUACUUUGAUGCUUCUAAAUUUCUUCUCCUUGGGGUUUGGCUAUAACAGACUACCGUUUUUUGUAAACUACUUCUUUGACUCAUACUUGCUGAUUAAUGAAGACACUCCUGUUGGCACAUCAGUCACACAACUACUUGCCCGGGACUUUGAUGAGGACAGACUGGUGUUUGGAGUUGUUGGGGAUGAGGCCAGAAGAUUUUUUGCUGUGGAAAGUGAAACUGGCGUAGUUUGGCUGAGACAACCUUUAGAUCGAGAGACUAAAUCGGAAUUCACAGUUGAAUUUUCUGUCAGUGACAGCCAAGGGGUUAUCAAAGGCAAAGUAAAUAUUCAAGUUGGUGAUGUCAAUGAUAAUGCCCCAACUUUUCACAACCAGCCGUAUACAGUGCGCAUCGCUGAGAAUACACCCGUGGGGACACCGAUUUUCAUUGUGAACGCAACAGAUCCUGAUCAGGGUACAGGCGGCAGUGUUUUAUACUCUAUCCAGCCGCCUUCCAAAUUUUUUACCAUAGACAAGUCUCGUGGUAUUGUAACCGUGAUAUCUGAACUAGAUUAUGAGGUCACUACUGCGUACCAAUUACAAGUUAACGCAACGGAUCAAGACAAGACAAACCCCUUAUCAACAUUAGCCAACUUGGCAAUCACAAUUACUGACAUACAAGACAUGGAUCCAAUUUUCAUCAACUUACCCUACAGCACCAACAUCUAUGAGAAUUCACCACCGGGUACAACAGUACGCAUUAUAACUGCUAUUGAUCAAGACAGAGGUCGUCCCAGAGGAAUUGGCUAUACUAUAGUGUCUGGUAACACCAACAGUAUCUUUGCUUUGGGUUAUAUCAAUGGAGCCCUGACACUGAAUGGACAACUUGACAGAGAGAACCCUCUAUAUACUUCUGGAUUUAUUUUAACUGUUAAGGGAACUGAGCUGCUGGAUGAUCGUAGCCCAUCCGAUGCCACUGUGACUACAACAUUCAACAUCUUGGUGAUUGACAUCAAUGAUAAUGCCCCACAGUUUAAUAGCUCAGAGUAUAGUGUCAGUAUACCUGAGCUGGCACAGGUUGGAUUUGCACUACCUCUGUAUAUCCAAGUGCACGAUAAAGAUGAGGGUGUAAACAGCGCCUUUGAGGUUUACUUGGUGGGAAACAACUCCAACCAUUUUAUUAUCUCUCCGACCUCUGUCCAAGGAAAAGCAGACAUCCGAGUUCGUGUGGCUAUUCCACUGGAUUUUGAGACCAUACCGCGUUAUGAAUUUUCUCUGUUUGCAAAUGAGAGCGUCUUGGACCAUGUGGGUUAUUCUAGGAUGAAGAUUAACCUUAUCAACGAGAAUGAUAACCGCCCCAUUUUCAGCCAAUCACUCUACAACAUCAGUUUGUUUGAAAACGCUACUGUUGGGACCACUGUUCUAAGAAUUUUAGCUACAGACAAUGAUGUUGGCUCAUUUGGAAAAGUUAACUACUUUUUCAGUGAUGAUCCUGACAGAUUUUCUCUUGACAAAGACACUGGUGUAAUCACCCUCAUUGGCCGGCUAGAUUUUGAGAACACUCAGCGAUACACUCACACUGUAAUUGCCAGGGAUGGGGGUGGUGAAGAGACAACUGGACGCGUCCGCAUCAAUGUUUUAGAUGUUAACGACAACACCCCCAUCUUUCAGAAAGACUCCUAUCUGGGCUCAAUCCGUGAAAAUGAGCCAUCUGUGGUCACAGUUAUUAAGCUCAGGGCAACCGAUGAAGAUUCUCCACCAAAUAAUCAGAUUACAUACAGCAUUCUGCAGGCCUCCGCCUUUCAAAGCUUUUUUGAAAUCUCUAUCUCUGAAGGUUAUGGAGUAAUAACCGUGACUCGGCCCCUGGAUUAUGAACAAAUAUCCAAUGGAGUUAUAUUCCUGACUGUUAUGGCAAAAGACGCAGGUGUUCCAUCUUUGAACAGCACUGUCCCUGUCACCAUCGAAGUGUUUGAUGAAAAUGACAACCCUCCUACCUUCAGUCGUCCUUCGUACAUCAUUACAGUUAUGGAGAACAUUAUGGCAGGAGCCACAGUGCUUUUUUUAAAUGCCACUGAUUUGGAUCGGUCUAGAGAAUAUGGCCAGGAUUCAAUUAUUUAUUCUUUGGAUGGCUCACCACAAUUUCGGAUCAAUGCCCGAUCAGGGGAAAUAACAACAACAACUCUUCUCGAUCGAGAGGCUAAAUCCGAGUACAUCCUAAUCAUCAGGGCAGUUGAUGGUGGUGUGGGACCCAAUCAAAAAAUUGGUAUUACUACGGUCAAUAUUACAUUGUUGGACAUUAAUGACAACGCUCCCCAAUGGAAGGAUGAGCCGUACAUGAUUAACCUGGUAGAGAUGACACCACCAGGUUCGGAUGUUACAACGGUGGUAGCAAUUGACCCAGACCUGGCUGAAAAUGGCACACUACUCUACAGCAUCAACCCUUCCAACAAGUUCUAUACCCUGAAUAGCACAACAGGAAAAAUUCGGACAACAGGAGUUGUGCUUGAUCGAGAGAACCCCAAUCCAGUAGAUGCUGAAAUGAUGAGAAAGAUCAUAGUCUCUGUUACAGACCUUGGUAGACCACCUCUUCGUGCUACAAGCAGUGCUACAGUUAUGGUGAACUUGUUGGAUCUAAAUGACAAUGAUCCAACAUUUCAGAACGUACCAUUCGUUGCUGAAAUCUUAGAAGGAACUCCAGUGGGAACAUCUGUAUUCCAGGUUGUGGCUAUUGACCUUGACGAAGGUCUGAACGGAUUAGUGACAUAUCGCAUGCAGGUGGGCAUGCCACGCCUGGAUUUUGUUAUAAACAGCACUAAUGGACUGGUCACCUCCACAGCUUUAUUGGACAGGGAGAGGACAGCAGAAUAUUAUCUACGCGUGGUAGCCAGUGACUCAGGAACUCCAUCCAAAAGUUCCACCAGCACGCUUACAGUUCGGGUUAUAGAUAUAAAUGACGAGAGCCCAACUUUCUUCCCAACUUUUUACAAUAUCUCACUCCCCGAGAAUGUUCCUCGAGAUUUUGUGGUGGCACGGCUGAACUGUACAGAUGCUGACACAGGACUGAAUGCUGAGCUAAGUUAUUUCAUAACAGGUGGGAACCAAGAUGGGAAGUUCAUGGUGGGAUUUCGGGAUGGAGUCUUAAGGACAGUAGUGAACCUUGACCGUGAAACAAUGCCUUCCUAUCACCUUGUCUUGGAAGCAAUAGACAAUGGACCUGCAGGCAACAGAAAAACAGGAACAGCCACGGUUCUGAUCACUGUCUUGGAUAUCAAUGACAACCGGCCCAUCUUUCUGAAGAGUAGCUACGAAGCAACCAUUCCCGAGGAUGUUCCAAACUCUGGGAGUAUUGUACAGCUGGAAGCUACUGAUGAAGAUGAGGGGGAGAAUGGAAGAGUGUGGUAUCGUAUUGUUAGUGGAAAUAGCCGGAACAAUUUUCGAAUUGAUGUCAUCACCGGGCUAUUAAUGCGUGGUCCUCAACCUCUUGAUAGAGAAACCAACUCAUCUCAUGUUUUGACGGUUGAAGCUUACAACAGCGAUCAAGGUCCAAUGAGAAGUUCCGUAAGGGUCAUUGUUUACGUGGAAGAUGUUAAUGAUGAGAUUCCAGUUUUCACACAGCAGCAAUACAGCCGUUUGGGCUUGCGAGAAACUGUGGGAAUUGGGACCUCUGUUACUGUGGUGCGGGCUACAGAUCGAGACACAGGAAAUGGAGGCCUAGUGAUGUAUAAGAUUAUUUCUGGCUCCGAUGGGAAGUUUGAAAUUGAUGAAAGCACUGGGCUUCUUACUACCAUUGAUUACCUAGAUUUUGAGACUAAAACUACCUACUAUAUGAAUGUGUCAGCCACAGACCAGGCUUUACCUUUCAACCGUGGUUUCUGCACAAUAUAUGUCACAUUGAUGAACGAACCCGAUGAAAAAGUUCAGUUCUCCAGCACAUCUUAUGAAGCAGUAAUUACCGAAAACAUUGCGACAGGAACGGAAGUGGUUCAAGUACAAGCACGUUCCAUUGAUAACUUGAAUCAAAUAACGUAUAGCUUCGGUCAAAACACAAAUGUCCAGGCACUUGCCCUCUUCAAAAUAGAUAAAAUCACAGGUACAAUAACAGUGAAAGGAUUAGUGGACCGUGAAAAAGGUGACUAUUAUCUAUUAACCAUUUUGGCAGAUGACGGUGGGCCCAAGAAAGAAUCUACUACGAAGGUGUCUAUUACUAUUCUGGAUGAGAAUGAUAAUGCCCCACAGUUUGACUUAACAUCUGAUACUGUGGUCAACGUUGCUGAGGACUGCCCGAGGGACAAGAGGAUAGCUCUAGUCUUGGCUAGGGACCCUGAUGCUGGAAAUAAUGGUCUGGUGACAUUCUCACUAACUUCUGGAAACACAAAUGGACUUUUUGAGAUUCGCACUACUAAUGACACCUAUGGUGAAAUUUUUUUGGCAAAAAGUUUGGACCGGGAGUUGCAAGAGCAGUAUUUUCUGAAGGUCCAAGCUUCUGACAAUGGCUUUCCACCUCGGAGAUCUUAUCAUAUGGUGACCAUAAAUGUUCUAGAUGUUAAUGACAACCCUCCUGUCAUUGAUACCCCAUUCGGCUACAAUGUCAGUGUGUAUGAGAAUGUUGGAGGGGGAACGUCUGUUAUUAAAGUGACAGCCACAGAUAAGGACAAAGGGCUCAACAGCGUUCUGUCCUACUACAUCACACAAGGCAAUGAAGACCUUACUUUUCGAAUGGAUCGCCUCACCGGGGAAAUUGCCACAAGGCCAUCUCCCCCUGACCGUGAAAGGCAGAGCUUCUAUCGACUUGUGGUUGUUGUGGAAGAUGAAGGAAACCCAGCUCUAUCAACAACAACAACGGUAAACGUGACUGUUCUGGAUGAAAACGACAAUGCCCCUGAGUUUCAAAGGCUGCCAUAUGAGGUCACUUUGGAUGAGGGUCCUCUUACCCUUAACUCUGUCAUAAUCACCAUCAAAGCUAUAGACCACGAUGAGGGCCCCAAUGGCACUGUUUCUUACUCGAUCAUCAGUGGCAACCUCCAGAAUACCUUUAGCAUUGACAGGGCAACAGGUUUGAUCCGCGCAGUAAAGGAGCUGGAUUAUGAGGUUUGCCUGGGCCGUUACACGCUGGUAGUGACAGCUACAGAUCAAUGUCCUCUUCCUUUGCGCCGUUUCACUUCAACAGCUACGGUCAUAGUUAAUGUAAAUGAUAUUAAUGACAAUUGGCCUACAUUUCCAAAGGCGUAUGAGGGACCCUUUCAGAUCACUGAAGGACAACCAGGUCCCAGAGUGUCGACAUUUAAGGCUAUUGAUCUAGAUGCUGGUCUCAAUGGUCAGGUGGAAUACAGCAUUGUUGGAGGUGACCUUUUGGGAGAAUUUGUGGUGUCUUCAGUGGAGGGAGAUUUACGAGUUCGAAAGGAUUAUGAACUUGAUAGAGAGAAUAUAGCUUUUUAUAACAUUACUAUCAUGGCAAAAGACCGUGGAAAUCCACCAUUCAGCUCUACGGUUGUUGUUGAAGUACGUGUGCUAGAUAUCAACGAUAAUGAUCCAGUUCUUCUUAAUCUUCCACAAAAUAUUACCAUCAGCGAGAACACCCCUGUAUCAACGCCUGUUACCCGGAUUCUCGCUAGUGAUGCAGACGCUGGGCGUAAUGCUCUUCUGACCUUCAACAUAACUGCAGGGAACACUGAGAACACGUUUUACAUAAAUGAAAACACUGGAGUAGUCUACGUGAAUCGCCAGCUAGACCGAGAGAAAGUAGCCGAGUAUAAGCUAACAGUGACUGUGAGAGACAAUCCAGAAAAUGUCCGGAAUUCCAGACGGGAUUUUGACUUAUUGGUUGUAACCAUAUCUGAUGAAAAUGACAACCACCCUCUGUUCACUCAGGGAUCCUAUGGAGCUGAAAUAAUGGAGAAUUCACCGGCAGGAACAUCUAUCACAGUCCUGAAUGGGCCAAUUCUAGCUUUAGAUAAUGACUUAGGACCAAAUGCAGUGGUGUCAUAUAAAUUUCUUGGGGCACAGAUGGAUCUAUUUACCAUAAAUAGGAGCACAGGGGUUGUUGCUGUAGGGUCUUCCAAAGCAAUAGACAGAGAGGCAUUUUUAGUCCCUGUACUGAACUUGACCUUGGUGGCAGAGGACACCGGAAAGCUAAACAGCACAACCAGACUUGUGAUAACAAUCCUAGAUGCCAAUGACAACCAACCUCAGUUUAAUCCACAAAGUAUUAUUGUACAUCUUCGGGAAAAUAGUCCACCAGGUUUUUCUGUUGUUCAGGUUACAGCAACAGAUGCAGACAGUGGUCCAAACCAACAUCUAAGCUACCGUAUAGAAAGUGGUGCUCAAGAUAGGUUCCUCAUUAAUGCUUCCACUGGGGUAAUAAGAGUAGCCAAUGUCACUGUGGAUAGGGAAGAGAAAGAUGCCUAUAGGCUAUUAGUAGUGGCCAUAGACCAUGGAACAACCCCUUUGUCUGGAAGUGCCACAGUUAGCAUUCUUAUUGAUGAUGUCAAUGACUGCCGACCAGAGUUUAUUAAACCUAUCCAAACAGUGAGUGUUUUAGAGUCGGCUCCAGUGGGUACUGUCAUAGCUGAGGUCAUUGCCAUUGACAGAGACCUCAGCCCACGUCUGGAAUAUUACAUCGUUGAAAUGUUGGCAAAAGAUGACAAUGAUGCUCUUGUGCCUAACCAAGAGGGAGCGUUCCACAUUGAUUUUAAAACAGGUGCUGUUAUGGUGAAGUCCAGUCUAAACAGAGAGCUGGUUGCUACAUAUGACAUUUCAAUUUCUGUUUAUGAUAAUGCUAGUGAAGUGGUCGACCGGUCAGUCAGUAUCCCUAAUGCAAAACUAAAAGUGAAUAUUCUGGAUGUUAAUGACAACACUCCCAGAUUUCGUCCCUUUGGAGUCACUGUAUUCACGGAAAGGAUAGUAGAAGGUGCCACCCCAGGAACCACACUGAUAUCUGUAUCUGCAGUUGACCCCGAUAAAGGCCCAAAUGGACAGAUCACCUACUCUCUUCACAAUCUAGUGCCAGCAGGAUACGUACAACUUGAAGAUAACAUGGCAGGAAAGAUUGUUGCAAACCGAACUGUUGACUACGAACAGGUUCAGUGGUUAAAUUUCACAGUUAGGGCCUCUGAUAAUGGUUCUCCUUCGAGAUCAGCUGAGAUUCCGGUUUACCUACAAAUAGUUGAUAUAAAUGACAACAAUCCCAUCUUCAGUCAGUCUUCCUAUCAGAAACCCGUGUUUGAGGACAUCCCGUUGGGUUCAACAAUGCUGCAAAUAAAAGCCACUGAUGCAGACUCUGGACGAUUUGCCCUUAUUCAGUACAGCCUAGUGGAUGGAGAGGGCAAAUUUGGCAUCAAUCCUACAACGGGGGAUAUCUAUAUCCUGUCACCUCUUGACAGAGAAAAAAAGGAUCACUACACUCUCACAGCUAUUGCCAGAGACAACCCUGGGGACGUUGCUAGUAACCGUCGCGAGAACUCUGUGCAGGUGCUUAUCACAGUAUUGGAUGUCAAUGACUGUAGGCCACAGUUCUCAAGGAGCCAAUUCAGCACAAGUGUGUAUGAAAAUGAACCUGAGGGUACUUCUGUCAUCACCAUGUCAGCCAUUGAUUUGGAUGAAGGAGACAAUAGUGUCGUCACAUACAAUCUGGAAGGUCCUGGAGCAGAGGCUUUCAACAUUGAGAAGGACUCUGGGCUAAUAACAUCUCGAAGGCUUCUGAGGUCCUUUGAGAGGUUUAACCUAACUGUUGUGGCCACGGACAAAGGGAGACCUCCUCUGUGGGGAACCACUAUGUUAAUGGUAGAAGUGAUCGAUGUCAAUGACAAUCGGCCAGUGUUCAUACGCCCUCCAAAUGGCACCAUCCUUCACAUUAAAGAGGAAAUACCUCUGAAAUCCACUGUAUAUGAAGUUUAUGCAACUGAUAAUGAUGAGGGCCUGAAUGGAGCUGUACGUUAUCGUCUGCUCAAAACUGGAGCUGGAAACAAAGACUGGGAAUAUUUCAGUAUUGAUCCAGUUAGUGGACUCAUUCAGACAACACAGCGAUUGGACCGCGAGAAGCAAUCCAUGUACAAUCUUAUAAUAGUUGCCUAUGACUUGGGGCAGCCAGUGCCUUAUGAAGCAAUGCUCCCUCUUCAAGUUGCACUAGACGAUAUUGAUGACAAUGAACCCAUCUUUGUAAGACCACCGAGAGGGGCUCUACAGUACCAAAUACUAAAUGUUCGUGAACACUCGAAACCUGGAACAAUAGUGGGAAACAUCACAGGCGGUGUGGAUGCAGAUGAGGGCUCCAAUGCUAUUGUAUACUAUUUCAUAGCAGCUGGGAAUGAGAAUAGAAAUUUCCAGCUGAGUCCAGAUGGAAAACUGACUGUCCUUCAGAACUUAGACAGGGAGAAGGAACCCUAUUAUAGUAUUAUUGUCAAAGCCUCCAGCAACAAGAACUGGACUCCGCUGAGGAGUCUGGGAUCGUCUGAGAUCCAGAACUUUGAUCCCAGCACAGACUCAACUCUGCAAGAAGUGAGGAUCUAUUUGGAAGACAUCAAUGACCAACCUCCCAGGUUCACAAAGUCUGAGUAUACAGCUGGUGUUGCAACUGAUGCCAAGGUGGGGUCAGAACUUAUAAAGGUUCUUGCCUUGGAUGCUGAUGUCGGAAACAACAGCUUGGUCUUCUACAGUAUCCUGGGUAUUCACUACAUUAAACUGCACUCCAAUGAUACAGAAGCAGUGAAAAAUAUAUUUGUUAUUGGGAGUGUUGAUGGUAUUAUUAGGACUUUUGACCUGUUUACAGCGUACAAUCCUGGGUACUUUGUGCUGGACAUUAUGGCUGCUGACCUAGGAGGGCACAAUGACACAGCUGUGGUUGGAAUUUAUAUCUUAAGGGAUGACCAGCGCUUAAAGAUUGUGAUCAAUGAGAUACCUGACCGAGUGCGUGAGUUUGAAGAGGAGUUUAUACGUCUGUUGUCCAACAUUACAGGAGCAAUUGUGAACACAGAUGAUGUCCAGUUCCACGUUGACAAAAAAGGCAGGGUAAACUUUGCACAGACUGAUAUGCUGAUUCAUGUGGUGAAUCGAGACACCAACAGAAUUCUAGACGUGGAACGGGUUAUUCAGAUGAUUGAUGAAAAUAAGGAGCAGUUACGAAAUCUUUUCCGAAACUACAAUGUUCUGGAUGUCCAACCUGCAGCAGCUGCCCGCGCUCCAGAGGACCUAUCUGCCUUACAGAUGGCAAUUAUUAUUUUGGCGAUUCUACUUUUUCUGGCUGCAAUGCUGUUUAUUUUCAUGAACUGGUACUACCGGACUAUACACAAACGAAAAUUGAAGGCUAUUGUUGCUGGCUCAACUGGGAAUAGAGGAUUCAUGGAUAUUCUUGACAUGCCUAACACAAAUAAAUACUCAUUUGAAGGGGCAAAUCCUGUGUGGCUCGAUCCCUUCUGCAGGAACAUGGAGUUAGCAGCUCAAGCAGAGCAUGAAGAUGAUUUACCAGAGAACCUGAGUGACAUUACAGAUCUCUGGAACAGCCCUGCUAGGACUCAUGGUACUUUUGGCAGAGAGCCGACUGCAUCGAAACCAGAAGAUGACCGUUAUCUUCGUGCAGCAAUACAAGAGUAUGACAACAUCGCCAAACUUGGUCAGAUUAUGCGUGAAGGACCGAUUAAGGGUUCACUGUUGAAAGUGGUUUUGGAUGAUUAUAUGAGACUGAAAAAGUUAUUAGCUCAAAGGAUGGUUCAUAAAGCCACCACCAGCAAUGGGGAUGAGUCCUCGGUUACAGAGUUGAUCCAGAAUGAUUUAGCCGACGAUGAUGACCAUAGCCCCAGGCAUGGCUCCCUCCGCUUUAAACAUAAGCAGCCAAUUGAGCUAAAAGGACCAGAUGGGAUUCACGUUGUUCAUGGCAGCACUGGGACAUUGUUGACCUCUGACAUCAACAGUUUACCAGAGGAUGACCAAAGAGGUCUGGGACGAUCCUUAGAGACUCUAAGUACAGACAAUGGCGUUUUGAUUGACAAAAAUGCUCGAACAGAGUCGGCCAAGUCUACACCAAUGCACAAGUUUAGAGAUACAAUUGCGGAAAGUCCACUUGAGAUAACAGAAUUAUGACUAGAGGUGGCCUCAUUGGUCUAGCAGUUAAGAAUAAUGUACUGAGUAAGGACUUAAACAUCGCUGCACAAUGUAGAAGAGGAGGUACGAGAGCACGGUUUAGGCUGCCGGAAGCCUAUAGAGCACAAAUGACUCAGGUCAGCGUACAAAAGGUUUGCUGCUAAGAAGAAACACCUACAUAAUUACUAAGGAAACAAAAUGGAAGGUUUUGCACCUGCAAAGUUUAUUUUGUUGACCUUUACAGAUGUGAGACAUGGCACAGGUACAUUGUAUUUGUAUCCUUCUUAAAAUGGAGCAAAGCAAUUUGGGAAAAAAGGCUGGACAGUGCUCGGUACCAAGUUUCUUUUCUGCUGGUGGUGGGAGAACUUUACAGUCUACAGUUUUAACCUGUCUAAGAUAUGAACACAGGACUAACCACUGCCACAGACCAUUGAGGUCGAAUUCUAAAAUCUUUGAACUUGUCAUAAAUGUCUUUUGGUUGUGUUGGCUUAACAAAUGUUCACAAGUCCAAGGAAGCAUCACUAGGAACUCUGAAUGAGUUUAAAGUGUGCAAAUUCAAUCAUCUCCUAAAGGUUUGUCCGUUGUGAUUUUUUUUUUUUAUGUGUGUUUUGAUGGGACGGAUAGGAGGAAGGUAUGAGUAUCAGAUAACGACAACAUGCAACAAAACUUGACAAGAGUGAUUUUGUUUUUAUUUAUGAAAUUUAAGAGAAUGUACAAUACCUAGUGAAUUGCAGUGUUGCUUACAAUGAGGAGCGGAAAAUAAAACAAAUGAAUGAUACAUA